AUGGCCGAUCUUGCGUUGCGGUCAUAUCGUCAAAUCAAUCAUGAUUAUCGAGACCGCCUUGAGACCCUCAUUGGGACCGGAGACUUUAACCCCUUUUUUCUCUGGCACUUUUUUCUCUUCAUAGGUCUCUCCCUAUCAGCGCUGUUGAUCCCGCAGCGGAGGGGAACGCGUUUCCUGCGACCUCUAGUUCUGUGCCUCACCAUCGGCGUGGCUUGUGAUGUGAUCCUGCGUCGGCGGUCGCUGCUGGGAGGGAAUGGCUAUAUGCCAGGCCUUCUCGCAGCGUGGUGGAGUAUCUGGUGCGGCACUCUUCUUGUCUUCAAUGAUCCGGAACGGGACUUCCAACGGAUCGAGCGGCGCUGUCUAGGCGCAGAAUCCAACAAAGCUGCAGGCCAGGACGGGGAUGCCGUCACGAGUAACACCUCGAAAGACCCCACGUUGGAGGAGCAUCUGGUGUGGCAGCCAUAUCCCCAGAGGUUGGCACAUCGUUUAAAUUGGACCCUCGGCCUGCUAUUUAACAUGCGUGGCCCUGAAUGGAAUUGGCGUCUGCCCACCAUGGAUGCUCUGCCGCUGUCGGUGCAAGCGCAGCUGGGCUCCUCCCCGUCCGUUAGGAAGCCCUGGUCAGUGGCCCCAACGACGUGCACUGUGGACGGAUGGUCCCAUUUACGCGCCGCCUUCAUGGGUUGUCUCAAGGCCUAUCUCCUUUUGGACGUGGUCAAGGUGCUCAUGAUGCGCGACCCAUACUUCUUCACAGGCACCGUAUCCCCGCCACCACCCGCUCCGUUUCCAAUCAGCGCCAUACUCCCGGAUAUCCCGUGGGCAAUCCGCAUCUACCGGCUCUUCUUAGCUGGCAUCGGUGUUUUCGCGGCCUUGAGCUACGUGACAGCCUUCAACCCAAUCAUCUUCCUCGGCCUGUCACUCAGGUUCCCCAACGCCGCCCGCUCCCUCACUGCAGCCCCCCUUGACGCCCCGUGGCUUUACCCCCCCGCCUUCGGCUCCUGCCUCCCUUCUCUCCUGGACCACGGCCUCGCCGGCUGCUGGGUCCUAUGGUGGCACCAGCUCUUCCGAUUCGGAUUCACCUCGUCCGCCAAAUGGCUCCUGUCCCACCUCCUUCCCACCAGACUAGCCACCAACCGCACCGUUCGCCGAAUCGCAACGGCCGUGAUCGGGUUCGGGCUGAGUGGCCUGGUUCAUGCCUGCGGUAGCUACACGCAGAUCGCCGAGACGCACCCCAUCCGCGACACGUGCUGCUUCUUCCUCCUGCAAGCCGUCGGCAUCAUGAUCCAGGACAUCCUUUCCUCCGCAUGCUCGUCCAUCUUCUUCCCCUCCCCGCGUCACCCUCCACCACGGUGGUUGCGCCGCACUGCCAACCUGCUGUUCGUUUUCGUCUGGCUAGCCUGGUCGGGCCCGCUCGUGGUGGAUGACUUUGCUCGCAGCGGACUGUUCCUGACCGAGCCGCUACCAGUGAGUCUGUUGCGGGGCGUGGGCCUGGGAACGGGAACGGAUGGUGAGGGCUGGUGGUGUUGGGAGGGCGCGUGGAUGAGGGUCUGGGAUGGGGGGAGCUUUUGGGAACGGGGAAUACGGAUUAUGUGA